AUGACGGACUCUUAUAAAUGGUCCUGGGAUGAUCGUGGAAGCGGCGCCAGACGAGACAUUUGUGUCUGGACUCCAGUCUCCCGAGGAAGUCUCCGCCCGUUGGGCCACUACGCUGAUCCAAACCGAUACUCUGAGAUCAGUGGCAAGCGCGCAUCACUUCUUAUUGGACAAAACCCCAACACAAACCCAUCUAAACCAGCAGUUGCCCAACCAGUUGAUUAUAACCAGGUCUGGACAGACAGGGGAAGUGGCGGCAAGUAUAACGGAGCCUUCUGGCGCCCAGUUCCGCCCAAUGGAUAUGUAGCCUUGGGAGACGUUUGUAAGAGUUCGUGGGACAAACCUUCCACCAGUGACAUCUGGUGUGUUCGAAAAGAUCUCGUUGCCAAUGGGUCGUUCUCCGCCACCAGUGUAUGGGACGAUAAAGGCUCUGGGUCUAAGUCGGACGUCUCCGUUUGGGAGAUUAAGCCUGCACCCAUGGGUGUUCAAGGCUCCGCCUAUCUGCCAAUACAGGGAGAUACUUUCCGAGCUCAGGGAAAUUAUUUACCUCCAGACAACGAAGCUGCGCCUGUCUUGCAGCUUCCUGUUGGGAAAGAUUAUCAUCGAUUUGAAGCCGAUGCCCCAUUGAUGGAAGCGAACAAGCUUCCGGAGAAGGGAGAGCGAUUUUAUUAUCAGCCGCAGUGCAGCAUAACACUGCCUUUCCACUGCUUCUUCAACCCGAAUAACCACGCUAGCUUAGAAAACAACCACAAUCCGUUUUUGACUAUCACUAAGUCCAUUGCCUGGUACGCGGAAUGUGUGUGGGUGAAUCGCACCGACAAGACCGUUUGCCGUGAAGAGAAAAUUCGAUAUGGUGUCAACAAGGAGAAGCGGGAGGAGAUCAAAGGCAACAUUGGUAUUGAAUUCUCGUCUACAAAGGGAGUUGUUCUCUCUGAUUCUGGCUUGACACUCAACCACCAGUUCGCGGACAGCAGUUCGACAUUCUUUCCUGAAUAUAGCGUGAGGGAAUCCGCGGAAAGCUUUGAAGUUCCGCCAUCUACCGCCUCGGCACUCUUCACACAGCGUAUCUGGAUCAAGUGUUCUCCCCCGGACAGUGAUGUUAUGGUAGGAGAAGCGGAAUUUCUGCAGAGCACGAAUUAUCACUACAGGGGUUGUGCUCUAUGA